AUGUAUAACAUGUUUCGACAAGAUAUAUCUUCCAUUGCGAAAACAAAUGGAUACCAGGAAAAUGAUUACAGCUUAUAUGUGAGUGCACAACGAUUUCCAAUACAAACCACUGGAUUCAAAGCAAUGACGGAAGUGAAAAAGAAGGGAAAUGCUGUAAAAGGAAAAGUUCUCGACUAUCGACAACAGUAUUAUUCAUCUAAUCAAGAGUCAUCGGAAGGAAAUUUAGUGUUUGAUCAAACCAAUGCGCAGCUAAUGUCUUCCACAGAAAACUUCAACUUAACCAAAUCGAUAACAUCACUUCCCGACACAACGCCCUUCGCAGAACAACCACAACAAAAUGCCCUCUCUCAAAAUUCUCUCCCAACGCAGCCACAGCCUCCUUCAUCAUCUGAGUCAUACCGAUCACCUCGGAGGAAAAACUUUGAAGAGAUUAUCAUUCAUGUCCACGAUGACACAAACAAAAUUAACAAGGAUUUUACGUGCAAUCGAGAACUGCUUAUGAGUGAGAUGAAAUAUUUCAAAUAUUAUUUAAUGCAACCUAAAGCAAAGAACGAAGAAAUUGAUAUUUCAGUUCAUUGUGAUGUCAACAUUUUUCAAUGGUUAAUGGAUUAUAUCAAGAAGGAAACACUAACGCCUCCAAAACUAGAAGUUAAUUGGGCAAUUUCUAUUUUAAUUUCAUCUCAUUUUCUUGAGAUGGAUUCGCUGGUAGAAACCACUUUGGAUUUCGUUAGAGAGAAUAUUGAGAGUAUUUUAAAACUUCCAAUUGAUCUUGAUUGCAUUCAUACCGAUUUAUUAGAAAAGCUUGCAAUUCGAUUCACAGAUUAUGACCUUGACGAAGUGAAAGAUAAAAAGGAUAAGAUUUUGAGCAAACUGUUUAUGAAAAAGCUUGAGAUGCUUUUAGAGGAAGAAGAAAAUACUCUUUACAAGUGUCAACAUUGCCAAACCAUGUUUACGAAAUCUCAACUCGAGUGGAUGAUUUGUAAUAGUGAAAAAGCAAAAAUUCAAAUUGAUUUUCAUGGACGUGCAAUUUCAAGGCAUGCAUUAGAUAAGACAUGGAAUGUCGACAAAUAUUUCUACAAACUUAAAAAAAGUGGAAUGAGUUGGCGAGAUAUUUAUUGGAGAUUUUGGAGCUUGACUCACUCGUACUUUUGUCUCUCUUGCAAACAACAUUUUGUUGCUGCUGAGUACCAUCAUUGCACUUAUCACAAAAAAGAAGCAGUGUUUGAAAGAGGUUCUAUUGUAGGAGAACAUCCAUGUUGCGGAGCCAAGUCGUUAAAGUUCAACAGUGGAAUCAUUGUACCAAAAGGUUGUUGUUCCAAGAGUCAUACAAUCUUUGAGAACCAAGAAAUUGAUGGUCUAACAGACAAAUCUCUCAUUUCAUUACUCCAAAACCAUGCUGAUGUUUUAACACCUUUUGUAGGUGUUCAAAGUUCGACCACUUCCUCUGUGAAUCCAGAGGAUGACAAUGAAAUUGAAUUUGAGUUGCUGGAAAAGAAAACCAAAAAAGAAGAAUCAGAAGAUGAAGAAGAGGAUGAAUCAGAAGAUUCUAUGGACCUAUUCACAGAGAAAUCCUGUAAAUAUAAAAUUUUUGAUGAUUUUAAUGGAGGAGAAAGAACGACACAUGAAAAGGCACAACCAACAAACGAAGAAAAGAAAAAAGUCAAUUCCAAACGAUUUCACAGUAUGGAUAUUCAGAGAAACAUUGAUCGUGAGAAUAUUUAUGAAAUUAUUAAAACUCUAAGGAAGUGCAGAAAAAAACAACCAGUUGAAGAACCCCAACUCUCAAAAACGAAACAAACUCCAAGCAAAAAGAAAUCCUCUACAAGUAAAGUAGUCACUACCACACCUGGUAAGAAACCAAUGACCACACACAAUAAGAAGAGGUAA